AUGCGUACGGCGAGUCCAAUCACUUCUCGUCCCUUGGACCUGGUCUACUUCGCCUUUUUCCUGGUUCAUAUACCCGCAACUCUGCUCAUUGAUCUGCAAGCCCUGUACCCUCCGUCGUUAACACCGUAUUUCAUACGCGCUCUCCCACAAUUAUAUGUCCAAAUGUCGAACGACCCGUUGAUUGGGAACGUCUUGGGCAUGUUGGGAGAUAGCCAGCCUUUUGUUUGGUUCAAGACCUUCCUUGCAGUUGAAGCGUAUGACCUCUUUCAACUUCCUGUCUUCGUACUCGGAGCAAGAGGCCUUUGGCGAGAUUCGCGAUCCAUCUACGUGCUUCUCCUCAUAUACGCCGCAUCCACCACCACCACAACUUUACCGUGCCUGUCUGUCUUGAUGACAACGCCCACAACCAGUGCGCAGACCAUAACUGACAAAGUAGUUUCUGUGACAACUUCUCAACGCUUCCUACUGUUAUCGAGCUACAUUCCGUUCUUCAUCAUACCCUUCAUAAUGACGAUCGACAUGGCUUCUCGCCUGUCCAAACUGGUCAUGACGGCGAUGGACGCCGCUGAUGACAAGAAGUUGUCAUAAUAUUAUCAUAAUGCAGUUCAAUGUUUCCUUUCGAACCUUUAAAUUGUCAGCUACGGAUAACUAUAUUCUCGUCCAGUUUUUUUACUGCUUCAAUCAACAGAUUGUAAUAUGGAAAUCACGGGUGUAAGAGGUGGUAAUCUAGAAU